AUGGACGUAAAGGUAUCUAUAGGAGAGGAGCAACAAGAUCCAGCAAAAGUGUAUGCAGCUGGUAAAAAUCUGGCCGAUGUCAUCAAAGGCGCCAAUGUCGAAGAUAUCAUUUCCAAGAUCGAAACGCUUGCCUGUCAAGCUGAUUCGUCUGCCGUUUUCAAUUUCCGGAGGCUGUCGAGGGGUUCGCUACUCCACAUUGCAGCAGCCACCCGCAAUAGCAACAUCCUGAGGCUCCUGCUUGAUCGUGUCGAUGCCUACCUCAUAGCCGCCCAAGAUGAUUGGGGGAAUACCCCUCUCCACAUCGCCACUAAGGCCAAGGCAUUUGGAGUCGUCGCUAUGCUGAUUCGCCAUGCAAGAGACCUCCCCGACGUGGAUGACAAGAACUGGAUCCUGAGGAUGAAGAACAAUCAUGGAAACACCGCUUUGCACGAGGCCGUGCUUAUACGUGACGUUGACUUGGUGAGCCAUCUGUUGCACGAAAAUUCGGAGCUCGUGUACUUGGCGAACGCGGAUCAGAAAUCUCCCCUGUACCUGGCCAUUGACCCCCGCGACCCCCAGAUAUUUCAGGUUUUAUUUUCGCCCUCGCUCGACCCAUCAAGAAUAGAAGGCUUGCCGCCCGUUCAUGGUGCCGUUGCAUAUUCACUCGGCAAGAUACUCAGAAAGGACACGAAGCUUUUCGCAAUGAGAGACUCCGGAGGCGGUAAUGUAUUCCAUUUAGCAGCUUUCUGGAAUGUGCCCGAACGCUUGGUACGCACCCUGUUGAAGACCGUGUCAGCAGAGACACCAGAUCGAUUCCUAGUUAAUCCAGAAGCUCGAGACAAAGAGUACAGGGGCAGAAUUUUGCCAGGUCCUGCCAAUUUGGAAGAGGCUAUCAAUACCCUGUUGAUGGUGGCAACGCUUGUGACCACUGUGACUUUCGCAGCUGGUUUCGCAGUUCCUGGAGGAUUGAACAGCUCAGACACGGCAUCCAAAGAUGACAGGGGCGUGGCUACGAUGCUGGGCAAUAGAAAGUUCCAGGAAUUCGUGAUUUGCAACACCUUCGCGAUGUUCUGCUCAAUGACCUCGGUCGUUGUCUUCAUGUUAGCAUACCUGGCCGAAGUCCACUUAAAAUUAUUUAACUUCAAGCUUGCACUAGGGCUACUAGGAAUGUCACUCCAGGCAAUGUCCUACGCUUUCUUAAUUGGUGUCAACUUGACCGUUGGCAAACUCCCCUAUUUUGUCCACCACGAUAUCAAUUAUCGGAUCUAUUUUCAUCUUCAUCAUCACAGGUUCUUUAUAUUGGUGGGUCGUUGA